UCGGUGCGUGACGUCACCGACCGGCUGUUUGACUCGGAAGCUGCAAUGCUCGAGCGAAACGCGUGAGGAAAGAAAAAUGACCGACAGCGACCUCGAAUUCGCGUCCUAGAAGAAAAAAUCACACAAACAUUUUCCUUCGUAUCAGUGACAGCUCGCCUCAGUAUUACAGCCUUCCCUCACUUCUGACCAGAUAAAAGCUCUUCACUGUGGUUCGUCGUCGAAAGGUACACGGUUAACAGAGCGUUCCAGUCUUCCAGUGUUCCGUAUUAAAGGGUCGCUUCUUGCUAUGGAGAACGCCAAAACACCCGAGCAUAAUGGAGCACCUACACACUACACGAACGGUCUGCUGAACGGAUUUCACCCGGCUCAGUCUAGUCCGAGCGGAGGAGGUGUUAGUGUCGGUAUCGGUAUCGGUGGUGGAGGUGGAGGAGGAGGCGAUGACAGUGGCCCGAACUGUAGUGGUGGCCAUAAUGGUAUCGAAAAUUUCCACCAUCUUCACCAUCAGGAUGUCGCCCACAGCAACGGCUCUCCUGCCAAACGCUGCAGACUCCGCAGACGGAUGGACUCGGGAAGAAAACACCGACCUCCCUUCCCGUGGUUUGGCAUGGAUAUUGGAGGAACUCUGGUGAAGCUGGUCUACUUCGAACCAAAGGACAUCACAGCUGAAGAGGAGCAGGAGGAAGUGGAGAGCCUGAAGAGUAUCCGCCGCUACCUAACCUCCAACGUGGCCUAUGGCAACACGGGCAUCCGUGACGUGCACCUGGAGCUGAAGAACCUGAUAAUGUGUGGCCGCAAAGGCAACCUGCACUUCAUCCGCUUUCCCACUCACGACAUGCACAGCUUCAUCCAGAUGGGCCGUGACAAGAACUUCUCCAGCCUGCACACCACGCUGUGUGCUACCGGAGGGGGAGCCUACAAGUUUGAGGAGGAUUUCCGGAUGGUGGCGAAUCUGGAGCUGCAGAAGCUGGAUGAGCUGGACUGUCUGAUCCAGGGCCUGCUCUACGUCGACUCUGUCGGUUUCAACGGCCACCCGGAGUGCUACUUUUUCCAAAACCCCUCUGAUCCUGAAAACUGUGUCAAGAGGCCAUGUUGCCUUGACAAUCCCUUUCCCAUGUUGCUGGUAAACAUUGGCUCGGGGGUCAGCAUCCUGGCAGUUUACUCCAAAGACAAUUACAAACGGGUCACAGGCACCAGUUUGGGAGGGGGUACGUUUCUCGGCUUGUGCUGCCUGCUGACCGGCUGUGAGACGUUCGAGGAGGCUUUAGAAAUGGCGGCUAAAGGGGAUAGUACAAACGUUGACAAGCUGGUAAAAGACAUUUACGGUGGUGAUUACGAGCGCUUUGGUCUUCAGGGGUCUGCUGUAGCAUCCAGUUUUGGUCAUAUGAUGAGCAAGGAAAGACGUGACAGCAUCAGCAAAGAAGACUUAGCCAGAGCUACUCUUGUCACCAUAACGAACAACAUUGGUUCCAUUGCCCGCAUGUGUGCUGUGAAUGAGAAAAUUGAAAGAGUUGUAUUUGUUGGGAAUUUCCUGCGAAUCAACACAGUUUCUACAAAGCUGCUAGCUUAUGCCAUGGACUUUUGGUCAAAAGGACAGUUGAAAGCCCUGUUUUUGGAGCAUGAAGGUUAUUUUGGGGCUGUUGGUGCCUUCCUAGAGCUACUGAAGAUGACUGAUGACCUCUGAGGCAUUGAAGAACUCCUGAACUUUCUAACCAGAAGCUGCUGUAAGAUGUCAAAGAAAGCAUCCUCCUAUAACCAGGAAAAGCCAAGUCAGCUAUCUAAGAUGAUGCCUGUAUACUUCCCUGUUUGAAAGCUUAAUGCAAGCCUGAUCUAGAUGCUUGUAUCAGGUUUUGCGAGUAUUGUGUGUAUUUUGCCACUAAUAAGAACGGUACAGUCUGCUGUAAGAUAAAAUGAAGAUGGUUAUGUCAAUAGACAACACCCCAUAAGCCAAACUCUGCUGAUGUUUAGACUGAUGCUGAUCACUUUGCAAAAUCGUUACUGUGAUGUUUGUUUUAAAUAUAGAACAUGGUAUAGAACAUGACUUAAUAGCAGAAAUAGAUUCAAAGUAAUCUACAGCUUUGUCUCCUCCCCAGUAUACUAAGUCAUGGUUCCAUUGUAUUAUAGUCUUCUUUACCUUGUCCAAAAUGUUUCAGUGAGAGUUUGGCUAAUUAUUUUGGUUUUAAAGGUCCAAUAAGUAAGAUUUUAUUAACAUUUAAUGGUAGGUUAUAUAACAGAAUAUGUGAUAUGUGGCUAUCACUUCAUUGCCAUAGGGAUGGGCCGAUGGCCGUAGUAACAAGAAGUAAUGAACUAGGCAUUUGACUCCCUUUUCCCUUUAUACCGGCCACACUGGACUUGGGUCCAGUUCACAUGUUGCAAAAAAAACAAACCAAAAGAACAUGUGACCAACGGUGAUUAGCAGUUAGUCAGUAAUAUGCAAUGUACAGCAAAGCCGUUAAUUCCCUGAUUAAGAUGUGAGCAUUACUAUGCACACCUCAGUAAACUAAACACUGUGGUCCAGCAUUAAUGUACACAGGAGACCUACGCCUGAUUGCCAGGGCAGGAGAUUUGAGCAUAUUACUUAUUGGGCUUUCAUAUUUAUGUUUAAAAAUUGUACAGUUUAAAUCAGAAAAUCCAUAGGAUGACUUAGCAGUAUUAACCAAAUCAAAUAUAUCAUAUCAGCAUGUCAUUUUUGAGAUUUCUCCACCUGAAAAUUUAGAAGCUAUAAAUUUUGGGACCAAGAUUUUUAGUGUUUACUAAUCAUCAGCUUUUUGAUUUGUUGGAUCAGUAGUUGAACACUGAUUUAUUCAACAGUAAUGGUAUGCUCUAGUUUUAUUCUAUACUUUGAAUGAUGACUUGUACCCAGAAUGACUACUCUACUCACAUGACCAUAAUUCUUUUUACCCUUGAGAUGUACUUACACUGUAAUAGAUGUUCUUUUUUUAUUAUUUGUUUGUAUUUAUACCAUAUUUUUGCAGUAUCAUUUUAGCGAUUAGUCAUAUUUGUUGCAUUAUUAUAUGAUGGUAUCACAGUUUCACUUGAAGCUCCAAAUUGAGCCUCUAAACAUGUCUCCUGCCUUUUUUCCCGCCUUUUCAACAAACCUGCCUUCAUCAGCCUCUCUGUACAGUUCUCGACACUCUAUAAGUUUCUUUUAAAGAAGCCCAGCAUAAUGUACCUUUAGCAUGAACAUGCACCUUUACAUAGGCUUCUCCAUACAGUAGUACGUGUAGUGCUCUGUUUGGCUGAAUGCUAAUUGAAUAAUGCAGGCUGUGGAACAUGUUCCUAUGAGAAAGUGCUGGUGUGAAAAAGUGGAUUCUUUAUGCUUUAGCCGAGCGAUUGUGUUGAGAGAGUGCUGGGAAGCUGUUGGGUUGAAAGCCAGAUACUGAAAAGCUGGAUAUUCUGGAAAAUCCAGUCACUGUAAUGACUUAAUGAACAGUGUUCCUCUAGGGACAGUUUGUACUUGCCUUCCUCCUCCUUGUGUAUGUGUGUCUGCAUUUGCAGAGACUGUGACAAAAGCUUAAUGUAUAACGAAUAUCAGCAAUUCAAUUCUGCUGACCAACACAGAGUGUUAAGCUAAUCAUGGUAAAUGAAGUCAAACACUAGUAAUAUUUUUCUUGUCACCUCAAAUGUCAAAAGUAUUCAGUCACCAGCUGUCAACAGCCACAUAUGCAUACUUUGUCUAUUUAGAAUGCCUCAUACUCUGAAACUCACUUAAACCCAUGUGAUGCUGGAGUUCAUUCUGUUUCUUUGACAAAUUUUUCUACUUCAUCGUCCCAUUACCUCGUCUUAGUCCUCAGAAUUGCCUUAUGCUGUUGGUCGCCAUUUUGAAUUUUGAGUAUUUGCUUGUGCACAAUGGGAGUCCAACGCAACACUUUUCCGUUUCAAUCAAGUGUUACGGGGUGCCUUUUUACUAAUGGAGACCAGACUUUUAUCUGUGCAUUUUCCUUCUUCAUCUAGAUGUCAUUGUAAAAUGUUAAUGUUAAGUUGGUCUGUUCAUGCUUUUUUCCCAGGAAAUUGAAUCCAUAUGCUAGUACACACUGUUCUAGGCUCUGAGUCACUGCAAAAUAAAACUACACCAGGAGCGAUUAUAUGAAUACAAAGCAGUCUGAGACAAGUUGAAGCACUACAGUCUUUCCCAUUAAUGUUGAAUAUGUGCUUUGUAACAGGCUUUGUCUGCUUAAUGCACGAGUGGUAGGGAUUAGCAUAUCCUCAGUCAUGUUCAUUUUUUUUGUUGUUGUUGUAUUUUCAAGCACACCAGCCUGUUUAGUCAUACUUAAUGCAUUAUCAUCUCAAACCUUUAAAGAGUUGCUAAUAAAAUCCUUCCAGAAUCUGGUCUUAUCUUUUA